AUUAAGUAAUGAAAUUAUUAAUUUAUAUAUAUUUUAGCUUUUCUGGUGGUUAAUGCUGUUUGGUGCGUGCGGACAUUCCGGCAUCCAAUUGCAUCUCCCUAGUAAAGGAGAAAAUCCGCAAUCACCCGGGAAAAUCGGAGGGUGUCAGAAUCGCAAUUCCUCCGAAAAGGAGAGGGCCAUACUCGUACUGUCAAAAAUCGUCACGCGACUCGAGGGAGGGACUGUCCAAUCAGAACGCAGUAACGGAAAAAACCGAAUCCGAACAUUUGCAGUACGUCAAAUCAAAUCGAAGAUAAACCCUCCAUUCGCACUCCACUCCGCCAUUUCCCUCGCGCCGAGCGACCUCCGUCCGUUUCUGCCAUGGCGCUCGCGGAGAACCCGCGCCGAUCGCUGAUCCCCAGCUUCCUCUACGCGCCUCCCUCCCCGUCCAGGGGCCUCACCGCGGGGGCGAGCCCCGCCACCGCGCCCUCCUUCGCCACAUCCGCGGCGGAGAAGCGGAGGAGCUUCGUGGUCCAGUCGCUGAGCGAGCCUGGGAGGAAGAUCGAGAUGUACUCGCCGGUGUUCUACGCGGCUUGUACCGCCGGGGGCAUCCUCAGCUGUGGCCUCACCCACAUGGCCGUCACCCCGCUCGACCUCGUCAAGUGCAAUAUGCAGAUUGACCCUUCAAAGUACAAGAGCAUCACAUCUGGUUUUGGAGUGUUACUGAAGGAGCAAGGAGUAAGAGGCUUUUUCAGGGGUUGGGUGCCUACUCUACUUGGUUAUAGUGCUCAGGGUGCCUGCAAGUUUGGAUUCUACGAAUUUUUCAAGAAAUACUACUCUGAUAUUGCUGGACCAGAGUAUGCAUCGAAGUACAAGACUUUGAUCUACCUCGCUGGCUCUGCAUCUGCCGAGGUGAUUGCAGAUGUCGCUCUCUGCCCAUUUGAGGCUGUAAAGGUCCGGGUGCAAACUCAGCCUGGUUUUGCAAGGGGUUUAUCAGAUGGAUUUCCCAAGUUUUUUAAAUCUGAGGGUGCUCUUGGGUUGUACAAGGGCAUUGUUCCUCUCUGGGGUCGUCAGAUACCAUACACAAUGAUGAAAUUUGCUUCUUUUGAGACCAUUGUGGAGCUAAUUUAUAAACACGCAAUUCCUAGACCUAAAAAUCAGUGUAGUAAAAGUCUGCAACUUGGCGUGAGUUUUGCUGGCGGAUAUGUCGCCGGAGUUUUCUUUGCCAUUGUGUCUCAUCCUGCUGACAACCUUGUUUCCUUCCUCAACAAUGCCAAAGGGGUAACUGUUGGUGAUGCAGUGCAAAAGUUAGGACUAUGGGGUCUCUUCACUCGAGGACUUCCUCUUCGUAUUGUCAUGAUUGGAACUCUUACUAGGGCCCAGUGGGGGAUCUAUGACGCCUUCAAAGUUUUCGUGGAACUGCCAACCACUGGUGGUGUUGCUCCUGCUGCUGCCCCUGCUGAGCUUGCAAAGGCUUAGAUUGUGGACAGAUCAAGAUCGACGUUUAUCAUUUUUUUCACACCUCCUCGUUGAAAGGAAUAAUGAUAGGAUUACUGAAACUGCUCUAGCUCCUAGGCAAUACGGGUGAUUAUUUGACAACUAGAGCUUGUGUCUUUCCAUUGUUAAAGCAUGUUGCUUUUGACAACAUGUAUUGAUCCAUGAAAUACUCUUUGUAUGAGUGGAAUGAGAAAAUUUGGACCCAAUCAAUAUUGUAGCCUAGGACUCAAUAAUGGGCAGGUGUCGCUGGACGGGACAUUCACUUGUCUGCCAAUUUUGGUUACGAAUGGUAUAAGCAAUUUAUGGGUGAC